CAUCUGGUCACACUAAUGCCCUUUGAUAUUAUUAUUUAUUCGGUUUCGUGUAAUAUUGAAAGCUCCAAAGGUGAAUUAAAGAUGAAACUGGCCUUGAAGACGGUAAAUGCCACUGGAAGACACACCGCCUCUGUGAUAUUCUUCCACGGAUCAGGGGACACUGGCCCCGGAGUCUUGGAAUGGGUGCGCUUCGUGCUCGGCCGGAAUCUGGAGUAUCCGCACAUCAAAAUCAUUUAUCCUACCGCACCGCUCCAAAAGUACACCCCGAUGGACGGUGAGUUGUCCAACGUUUGGUUCGAUCGCAAGUCCAUCAACAUAGCCGCCGGAGAACACAAGAGGAGCAUGUCGCAGUGCUAUGAUUCCAUCAAUCAGCUGAUCGAGGAUGAGGUGGCCAGCGGGAUACCACUGAACAGGAUCGUUGUGGGAGGCUUCUCCAUGGGCGGAGCCGUGGCCCUGCAUACGGGCUAUCAUCUGAAACCCGAAUUGGCUGGUGUUUUUGCCCAUUCUUCCUUCCUCAAUCGCGGAUCUGUUGUGUACGAGUCCCUGCAAGAUCGCCCGGAAGGCAGUGCAUUGCCCGAGCUGCGCAUGUUUCACGGAGAGCGGGAUACGCUUGUACCUCCAGACUGGGGUAUGGAGACUUUCGAUAAUCUGAAAAAUCUCGGCGUAGAGGGCACAUUCCAUCCGCUGAAAAACACACUGCAUGAACUGAAAACUGCAUCCCUUACGGAUCUGGAUAAAUGGAUAAAAGAGAAGCUGCCAGAGGAUCAAGUGCCCAACAAACUAUGAGAGUGUUUGGCAUGUAACCCGUGCAAUUUGGAGCAGAGCAAAGGCAAGUCUUUCCAUUUUUCGUUUUCAU